AUGGAGUCCACCGCCGCGGCGGCGGAGGCGGACCCGCGGGCCUGGAAGUGGGCGAUACGGAAGCGGGUGUGGGACGCGCUCGAGGCUGAGGGUGUUGCGCGGGACCCGCGCCCCGUCCACCACCGCAUCCCCAACUUCGACGGCGCCCCCGCAGCCGCAGACGCGUUGGGGAGGCUUGACAUAUUUCAGAAUUCGCAGUGUGUAAAGGAGAGUUGCGAGCCAUUUAUUGAACAGGAAAGAGUACCCAAGUGUACAACACCACUCACACAAGACAGUGAUACAAAGCUGUUGACUCCACAACCUCGGCUAAGGACAGGCUUUUUCUCAGUUAUGGACUCUCAAAUGAUACCCGUUGGGUGCAUUCCUGAAGCAUGCACUUCUGUUGGUGCAGCUAAAUAUGGGAGGCCAAUAGGUUUAGAUGAAUGCCUUAAGGUGGAUUUGAUUGUGAUUGGAUCAGUGGCAGUUGAUCCAAGUUCAGGAGCACGGUUAGGGAAGGGAGAGGGAUUUGCAGAGCUGGAAUAUGGAAUGCUUCGCUAUAUGGGAGCUAUAGAUGAUUCAACCAUGAUAGUAACUACUGUGCAUGACAAGCAGUUAGUGGAUGACAUUCCAGUGGAGAAGCUGCUAGUUCAUGAUGUGCCAGUUGACAUUAUCUGCACCCCAACUCAGGUCAUCUUCACAAAGACUACAAUCCCAAAGCCACAAGGGAUUUACUGGGAAAAGUUAUCUCCAGAAAAAUUGGGCCAAAUCCGAAUUCUAAGAGAGCUGAAGCAACGCAUAGAGCAAGAGACAGGAACUAUACUUCCUUGUGGGCCUUCAGAGAAGCUACCGCCAACAGCUCAGAGAAGGCAAAGGUGGCGGCGGCGAUGA